AGAAAAAAAGUAAAAAGCUUUGAAAACUGUUAUGCAGGAACCAGACACACCAGUAUGACCUAUGUAAAACAUCUUGUCAGCAAAAAGAAAAAGCGAUAUAUUGAAGAUGGAUUUGAUUUGGAUUUAGCUUAUAUUAAACCCAAUAUUGUGGCGAUGGGGUUUCCAUCUGAAAACUUAGAAGGUGUUUAUAGAAAUAAUUUUGAUGAUGUUGUUAGGUUUCUUGAAAUAAAGCACAAGGAUAAAUACAAAGUUUACAACCUAUGUUCUGAAAGAAGUUACGAUCCUGGAAAAUUUGCCAAUAGAGUUUCUGUAUUUCCUUUUGAUGACCACAAUGCACCACCAUUCGAAUUGAUGGAACCCUGUUGUCAAGAUUUGGAUGAGUGGUUAUCUAAAGAUGACAAAAAUGUGGCAAUUGUGCAUUGUAAAGCUGGAAAGGGACGUACUGGUGUAAUGAUAUGUGCAUACUUGUUGUAUAGAGGAUUUUUUGAUACUGCAGACGAUGCGAUGAAUUAUUAUGCAGAUGCUAGGACAAGCAAUAGGAAGGGAGUAACAAUACCAAGUCAAAGAAGAUAUAUUACUUAUUUUGGUUACUAUGCAAACAACAGGCUCACCUACGAACCAAAAACUGUUUUAUUAAACUCUAUAACCUUUGUUGGAAUUCCUACCUUUCAAUCACAGACAUGCUCUCCUUCUUUUCUUGUUUAUCAAACGAAAGUAGUUUUAUAUAAAUCUAAAAGUUAUGAGGUUAAAAAAAACGAAGAAGAAUUCAAAAUGGAACUGUCUAAACCAAUUCCCAUCUGUGGCGAUAUAAAGAUUGAUUUUUUCCACAAAGACAGGUUUAAGAAGGAGAGAAUGUGCGUGUUUUGGUUUAACACGUUCUUUUUAAAACAUGGUGUAACUCUCGAUCACCCAGAAGGUGGUGGGAUAAUCGAGAAAAGUAAGGGAACAGAUGAGGUGCGAUAUUAUGAAUUACACAAAAAAGAACUGGAUAAAGCGAAUAAAGACAAGAAACAUAAAUUCUUUCCGGAGAAUUUCAAGAUCCGACUGGAUAUCACUAUACCUGCGGAAGACCACAUUUUGUCGAGAACUAUGGAGAGCACAGACGCUCCUCCUCAAAUCCAAAACACACCUCCUCACAUCCAAAACACACCUUUCAACAACGUUGAGGACAAAAAAACACAAAAAACUCUGUCCUUGCAUCGCAAUGUGAUUUCCGAAAUUAACAACCGGUUAAGCCCGGAAAGUGCAGGUAAUGCAUUUAAUGCACCUCCAUCGCCGAAUACAAAGCGAUUAACACAGUCGAUAAGCUCACCCUUGAGUCCAACAUCACCAUUGGAAACGUGUGAUAAAACGUUAAGUCGGUCUUUGGAAGUCUUAACUCUUGAGGAGGAACAAUUGAGCGAUGAUGAUGAUGAUGAAUCAUUUCCCACAACACGUGUAUAAUGAAGUCUUUUAUAAUUGGUUGGUGAUCACGUGGGCUAAUGCUUGUGUGCUGAAAGCUGCAUGAUCGAUUGCAUAAUUCUAAAUGAAAACAUUUUAACUCCAUUAUACAGGUUUUUUAUAGCACCGCGUCAAUCUGUCUUUACGUAAUAAUAACACGAAAAGCAAGUCGGAUAUAUUUAUUUUUAAGGUUUUAUAGAUUUCAUGGUGCUUUAAAAUGUGGUUGCUACAAGUGCCUUUAACUUUUUCAUGUUUGAAUUUUUUUUACUUUUUAUAUAGCUGAAUUUUUGACACGCUGAGGUUUAUCGUCGCAUGAUUCAUGCGUCACGCUCACUUUCACGCGACGUUUGAAUUCAAAUGCGUUUCGAAUUUAAGAAAAAUAGUAAGUACUUUAUAAACAGGAACUUGCUAAUACGUUUUUACCCUCCAGUGUUAACAAUAUAUUGAUUUGUCAUGAGAAUUUAUUAAAAACAGGAUUUAAUCCUGCUACAGAUAAUAAUUGGUAUUUUAUUUUCAAUUUCUUUUUUCUACUGUAUUGUAUUUAUGUAAAAGUUUGAAAAAUCACCAAAUAUUUUAA